UUUCAAGAGCCGGAAACAAAACAAGUGUGUCAUGUGAUUUCUGCUUCUGUCUCUUGCCUAGUAUGUUGCUGCAAAGUUAAUUGAGCUCAAAAAGAAUCUAAAAGAGUUGCUGAGCGGACUGGAUAACACCAUGGGUGAUGAUUUGAAGAGAUUCCUGUACAAACAGUUGCAAAGUGUUGAAGGUCUUCAUGCUAUUGUUGUGACAGACAGGGAUGGAGUUCCAGUUAUCAAAGUUGCCAAUGACAACGCUCCAGUCCACGCUCUGAGACCCGGCUUCCUGUCCACCUUUGCUCUGGCCACAGAUCAGGGCAGCAAGCUGGGCCUCUCCAAGAAUAAGAGUAUCAUCUGCUAUUACAACACCUACCAGAUUGUGCAGUUUAAUCGGUUACCACUGGUCAUCAGUUUCAUUGCCAGCAGCAACGCAAACACAGGUCUCAUCAUGAGUCUGGAGAAGGAGUUGGCCCCACUAAUAGAGGAGCUGAGGCAGGUGGUGGAGGUGACAUAAUGUCAGACAUACAGGAGAACCCUAAGCAGGAUCCACAGCAGAAUCACCAGUCUGGAUCACAUACUGCCCACUCAAUCUCUCUGUCUCUAAAGUUGCAUUUAUGUCCUGUGGGAAAACCUGUCCGAGGGUUUGAACAGUUCUAAGUAACGACUUGGAAGUGUUUACAUCUUCAGAUCAGUUUACAUCAUGAUUGAAUUUCCUGUACACUCUGUUUUCUGCUGACUUUGCUUUUCUGUAGUAUUUAGAUGCUCCUCAUCAGCAUUUUCACAUCUAAGGCAAAGUUUUUAUGUCAAAUCAAAUGUCAAGUCUGAAUAAAUGUUUCAUUUUUAGCACCUAAAA